CCUAUUGACUGCGAUAGGGUCCCUGCUUUUCUUCUGAGUCUGUCUUUGUUGAAGGAGGAGGAAGAGAAGAGACCCCUAUUACUUUUUUCUUCCCCCACCAAGUCUGGCGGAGGCGCGUGAGGAGGCAAGAGGAGAGGAGGAGGAGAAACGAAAGGAGCAGCAGCAUCCAGGAAAGGUGGAGAGGGAGGAGGAGGAGAAACGGAGCUGCUCCGGUUAAGACCAACAGCGAAACGAAGAGGCUCUACGUUUUUACCGGUUACACCUCCAACCUCUUUCUUCCGGCGGUGGAUGCAAAUCAACUUUGGAAAGAAGAGCUGCGGCAUGAGUUGCACCUCAGGGUACGGCAUCUUCAGCCCGUCCCGGAAAUGAACUGAGCUCACCGAGGAGAGCGCUGGUUGGUCGAUGAAGUCCUGAAUCCUGCAGUGAAACCAUGAGGUCACAACGAAACUCCGGAUUGGCUGGCAGGCUGACGCUGCUGGUGGUCACCUGCCUCUGUGCCUUUCACACAACCACAGCCAUCGAUAUUCCUCUUGAGGUUUUGGGUCACGUAAACAUUGAGCAGCUGCCCACCAUCACAGAUCAGGCCCCCAGCUCCCUCAUCGCCUUUCCUUUCGACGAGAGCUUCCCCAUGACGUGCGAGGCCAAAGGGAAUCCCGAACCAAAAUUCCAGUGGGAAAAAAACGGGGAAGAUUUUGACCCUUAUCUAGAUCCUCGACUGAUGAAAGAGGAGAAUUCUGGGACUUUUGUGAUCCCCAACAACGGGAACCUCACAGAGUACCAGGGAACCUACCGCUGUUACGCUUCAAACAAACUGGGGACGGCCAUAUCCAAGGAGAUUGAGUUCAUCGUACCAAAUGUUCCAAAAUUCCCUAAAGAGAAGCUGGACCCUGUGGAGGUGGAAGAGGGCCAGCCUUUCAUUCUGAAAUGUGACCCCCCCACCGGCAUCCCGCCCCUGCAGAUCUACUGGAUGACUAUCAACCUCCAGCACAUUGAGCAGGACGAGCGGGUGUCCACCGGCCUCAAUGGGGACCUCUACUUCUCACACGCCGUGGAGAAGGACAGCCGGAGGGACUACUGCUGCUUCGCCGCCUUCCACAGGAUACGCACCAUCGUUCAGAAGACCGCCAUGUCUGUCAACGUCAAGACAAGAGGAGGUGACAGGUCUGAGAGUGCCAAUGCAAUCCUGGAGAGGAAACCCUCACUUCUAACGCCUCCUGGUGGCAGUUCAGAGAAACAGCUGGUCAAAGGAGAGGACUUGGAAUUGGAGUGUAUUCCAGAAGGAAUUCCAACUCCACAGGUGGAGUGGAUAAAAAUUGGUGACCAGCUUCCUGUUAAAGCAAAGCUGGAGAAUCACAGGAAGCUGCUGAUCGUUCCCAGAGCACAACAGGAGGACAGCGGGAAGUACAUGUGCAGAGCAAGGAACCCACUGGGAGAAGUUGUCCAUUACUUCACAGUGACAGUUGAAGGGCCUCCAGAGUGGGAGUCGGAGCCACAGAGCCAGCUCAGUAUGAUCGGCUCCCAUGUCCACAUCAAGUGCUCGGCCCGCGGCGUCCCGGAGCCCACCAUCACAUGGAGGGUGAAUGGCCAGCUGCUGCAGGACUCCCCAGCGGCCAACAGGAAGAUUCUCGGCGAUGCCGUCUUCUUACAGAACGCCAAAGCCUCUGACAGCGCCGUCUAUCAGUGUGAGGCCUCCAACAGACAUGGGACCCUUCUGUCCAACGCCAACAUCAUGAUCAUGAAUUUGCAGCCUAUGAUUCUGACAAAUAACGGGGAGGAUUACUCUGCAGUGGAGGGAAAGGGAGUGAUGAUGCACUGUAAGGUCUUCAGUUCCCCUCCUUCAGCAAUCACUUGGAGCAGGGAUGACUCCUCUGAGUCGGUGGCAGGACCCCGGUUUACGUUUCAUGACAACGGUUCGCUGGAGAUCCACUCGGCAGAGAAAGGCGACGUGGGACAGUAUACCUGUUUGGCUAAAAACACGGAGGGAUCAUCCGCCAUCGACGCCGUUCUCUACAUAAAAGAUCCCACCAGAAUAGUGGUGGCCCCAAAGGACCUGCAGAUCUUAAAAGGCAGUGCAGCCCAGCUCUCCUGCCUGGCAGAGUACGACGAGUCCUUCAGCAACGACUUUGAGCUCCUGUGGGAGAAAGAUAACACACAGAUAGUGCUCAACUACACAGAGAAUCCCAGAUACAUCAUGGAGGAUGGCUAUCUUAACAUCAGCGACGUUAGCCAUGGAGAUCAGGGUGUGUACAGUUGUGUGGCGAAGACUCCGCUGGACAGAGACACAGCUUCGGCCUUCCUCAUGGUGUUAGAUGUCCCCGUCGCUCCAGAGAACUUGGUUUUAUCUGAGCACAAGAGUAAAAGCGUAAAGCUGGAGUGGAUCCCCGGGGACGACCACAACAGCUCCCCUACAGAGUUCAUCAUCGAGUUUGAGGAAAACAAGUGGGAGCCAGGAAACUGGAAGGAGCUGCUCCGAGUCCCUGGGAACCACAACUCUGCCAUCCUCAGGCUCCAUGGUCACGUUGAGUAUCGCUUCCGUGUUUACGCCAUCAGCGCCAUCGGAGCGGGGCUGCCUAGCGAACCCACGGAGAGAUACAAGACCCCCCCGUCAGCCCCUGACAAGAACCCAGAAAAUAUCAAAAUCGAAGGUCAUUUGCCACAUGAAAUGAGUAUCAACUGGGAGCCGCUGCUGCCCAUCGAGCACAACGGCCCCGGCCUGGAGUACAAGGUGAGCUACAGGCGGCAGGACGGGCAGGAGGAGUGGACGGAGCACACCGUGAAGAGGCACUCGUUUGUGGUGCGGAACACUCCCACCUUCGUUCCCUACGAGGUGAAGAUCCAGGCCAGGAACAACCAGGGCUGGGGGCCCGAGCCCAGGAUUGUGAGCGGAUACUCAGGAGAGGACUUUCCCUCUGCUGCACCUGACGACGUAGCUGUGGAGGUGAUGAACAGCUCAGCGGUCAGAGUGACCUGGACACGCGUCCACAAGGACAAGCUCCAUGGACAUCUGGGAGGCUACAGGAUAAACUGGUGGCGCCUGCGCAGCCUGGUGGACUCCAAGAAAAGCCACGGAGACAAACACUCUCUGGCGUUCCCCGGGGAUCGGACCCACGGCACCGUGCCGGGCCUGACGCCCUUCUCUGAGUACAGUCUCAUCGUCAUGACCUUCAACGGGAGAGGCAACGGUCCGGGCAGCCAUCCGGUCAACUUCAAAACCCCAGAGGGAGUCCCAGAGAAAAACCCAGUUUUGAGGGUCACGGAUGUAAAGAGGAACUCAGUGUCUCUGGCCUGGGCCCCUCCUUUGGAGCCCAAUGGGAUUCUAACAGGAUAUGUACUGGAGUACCAGCUCAUUAAUGACACAGAGGAAGUUGGGCCUCUGCAGGCUGUGAACAUCAGCAACCCUGACACCACGAAGUGGAUCCUGCAUGAAUUAGAGCCUCUGAGCAAAUACAAGUUGUAUCUUCGCUCCUGCACUGCGGUUGGCUGUGGGCCCGUUGUCAGCGAGGAGAGCACCACCGCCCUGGAAACAACUUCUUCUUUGGCUCCUACUGUUGGCAUCAGAAAGUCUCUCUCAACUCCGACCACUCCAAAGUCACAUGUGACCAAACCCACUCGUCCCAACAUAGGCCUGGCCAGCGUCCACGGAGGAAUCUCCACCCAGGGCUGGUUUAUCGGCCUCAUGUCUGCCAUCGCUCUGCUCACACUCAUCGUGUUGAUUGCUUGCUUUGUCAACAGAAAUAAAGGAGGAAAGUAUUCCGUGAAAGAAAAAGAAGACCUUCAUCCAGACGUGGAGUCCCAGGGCAUUAAUGAUGACACAUUCUGUGAAUACAGCGACAACGACGAGAAGCCGCUGAAGGGCAGCCAGCGCUCCCUCAGCAGGGAGAUCAAGGCGGCGGACAGUGGGGACAGCCUGGUGGACUACGGCGACGAGGACGUUCAGUUCAACGAAGACGGCUCGUUCAUCGGCGAGUAUGGGAGCCGCAAGGAGAAGAGGGCGUCGGCCGAGGUCAAAGCCUCCACUCAGACCCCAGCGUGAGGAACAGAACGCCCAGCCAGCAUCACUCUACCCACAUGGAACCAACAAACCCAGGAGGACAGAGACGUUAUCGAAGACUGCCGAACAUUUUGUGUCAAAACGUAAUGAGUCAUUGCCAACUGCACACUGCCAUACUCAUUCUCUAAAGCUCUGUUCCUUCACACUGCAACACAAGCGUUACUAAAUACCAUGUAUAUAUAGUGUAUAUUGUAUGUGUUGAGUGUUCCUUUUUUAUAAUUAUUAUCACAAAAACUUUAGAGGUGGUGAUUUGUUUUGUAUUGUUUGCUCUUCAUGUUGGUGUUUUCAGCUGCACUCUGGUUUGUAUAAAUGGUGAACUCUCACAUGGCGCUCUGUCAUUACAUGAACCACUGAUGUCACUGUGUUGCAGGUCACAGGCGAGUAGGGAGAAGUUGAUAUUUUUCCAGUCGAGCAAUUAUUACUGACCUUUUUAUAUCUGAAACAAUUCAUUAAAUUUGAUGUGAUUUGUGUAUGAAA